AUCAGUCUUCUGGCAUUUCCUGCAGCCGGGCCGCGCCGCCAGCUGAGCCCCCGCGCGCCCGGCCGGGCCGGGGCGCCGAGAUCGCCGCACGAAGCCGCCCAGCGCUCAGGCCAUGAAGGAGGAGGCCUUUCUCCGGCGCCGCUUCUCACUGUGCCCGCCUUCCUCCACCCCUCAGAAGGUCGACCCCCGAAGACUCACCCGCAACCUGCUGUUUGGCGGAGAGAAUGAGCUCUACCCUCUCAGCCCAGGGAAGGACAUGGAGCCCAACGGCACGUCGCUGCCAAGAGAUGAAGGGCCCCCGACCCCAGGCUCUGCCACGAAGGUGCCUCCGGCAGAGUACAGGCUGUGCAAUGGAUCCGACAAGGAAUGUGUGUCCCCCACAGCCAAGGUCACCAAGAAGGAAACUCUCAAGGUGCAGAAGGAGAACUACCGGCAGGAGAAGAAGCGCGCCACCAGGCAGCUGUUCAGCGCCCUGACGGACCCCAGCGUGGUCAUCAUGGCCGACAGCCUGAAGAUCCGCGGGACCCUGAAGAGCUGGACCAAACUGUGGUGCGUGCUGAAGCCGGGGGUGCUGCUCAUCUACAAGACGCCCAAGGUGGGCCAGUGGGUGGGCACCGUCCUGCUGCACUGCUGCGAGCUCCUCGAGCGGCCCUCCAAGAAGGACGGCUUCUGCUUCAAGCUUUUCCACCCGCUGGACCAGUCCGUCUGGGCCGUGAAGGGCCCCAAAGGCGAGACUGUGGGCUCCAUCACACAGCCCCUGCCCAGCAGCUACCUGAUCUUCAGGGCCGCCUCUGAGUCAGAUGGCCGCUGCUGGCUGGACGCCCUGGAGCUGGCACUGCGCUGCUCCAGCCUCCUGCGACUCAGCACGUGCAAGCAGGGCCGCGACGGGGAGCCCGGGUCCUCGCCAGACGCGUCGCCCUCCUCACUCUGCGGGCUGCCCCCCUCCGCCGCCAUCCACGACCAGGACCCGUUCCCACUGAAUGGGUCCUCCCUGGAGAAUGAUGCUUUCUCGGACAAGUCGGAGAGAGAGAACGCUGAGGAGUCAGAUACCGAGGCCCAGGACCACAGCCGGAAGACUGAGAGCGGGAGUGACCAGUCGGAGACCCCGGGGCGCCCAGCGCGGAGAGGGACCACGUAUGUGGAGCAGGCCCACGAGGAGCUGGGGGAGCUGGGCGAGGCGUCCCAGGUGGAGACGGUGUCCGAAGAGAACAAGAGCCUGAUGUGGGUCCUGCUGAAGCAGCUACGGCCUGGCAUGGACCUGUCCCGUGUGGUGCUACCCACGUUCGUGCUGGAGCCCCGCUCCUUCCUCAACAAACUCUCUGACUACUACUACCACGCCGACCUGCUCUCCAGGGCUGCACUGGAGGAGGACGCCUACAGCCGCAUCAAGCUCGUGCUGCGCUGGUACCUGUCUGGCUUCUACAAGAAGCCCAAGGGGAUCAAGAAGCCCUACAACCCCAUCCUGGGGGAGACCUUCCGCUGCUGCUGGUUCCAUCCCCAGACCAACAGCCACACCUUCUACAUAGCGGAGCAGGUGUCCCACCACCCGCCCGUGUCCGCCUUCCAUGUCAGCAACCGGAAGGACGGCUUCUGCAUUAGCGGCAGCAUCACGGCCAAGUCCCGGUUCUACGGGAACUCGCUGUCGGCUCUGCUGGACGGCAAGGCCACGCUCACCUUCCUGAACCGGGCAGAGGAUUACACCCUCACCAUGCCCUACGCCCACUGCAAAGGUAUCCUGUAUGGCACCAUGACCAUGGAGCUGGGCGGCAGGGUGACCAUCGAGUGCGAGAAGAACAACCUCCAAGCUGAGUUGGAAUUCAAGCUCAAGCCUUUCUUUGGGGGCAGCACAAGCAUCAACCAGAUCACGGGGAAGAUCGUGUCGGGGGAGGAGGUCCUGGCGCGUCUCUCGGGACACUGGGACAGAGAAGUGUUUAUCAAGGAGGAGGGGAGAGGAGGCACCGAGCUCUUCUGGAACCCAAGCAGGGAGGUGCGCGGGCAGAGGCUGAAGCGGCACACCGUGCUGUUUGAGGAGCAGACGGAGCUGGAGUCAGAGAGGCUCUGGCAGCACGUCACCAGGGCCAUCUGCGAGGGUGACCAGCACAAGGCCACAGAGGAGAAGUUUUCCCUGGAGGAGGCACAGCGGCAGCGGACUCGCGAGCGCCAGCAGAGCCUCACGCCCUGGAAGCCACAGCUGUUCCACCUGGACCCCGCCACCCAGGAGUGGCGCUACCGAUACGAGAACCUCAGCCCCUGGGACCCGCUGAAGGACAUCGCCCAGUUUGAGCAAGACGGGGUCCUGCACACCCUGCAGCGGGAGACCAUGGCCGGCCAGACCACCUUCCUGCGCAGCCCGGGGCCCAGGCACCAGGGGCCUGGCCCAGACCGGCGGCUCCGCAAGGCCAGCGACCAGCCCUCCGGCCACAGCCAGCUCACGGAGAGCAGCGGCUCCACGCCCGAGUCCUGCCCGGAACUCUCGGACGAGGAGGAAGACGGUGACUUCGUUCCUGGCUGCGAGAGCCCGUGCCCUCGGUGUGGGAAGGAGGCGCGGCGGCUGCAGGUGCUGCACGAGGCUAUCCUGUCCAUCCGGGAGGCCCAGCAGGAGCUCCACAGGCACCUCUCAGCCAUGCUGAGCUCCACGGCCCAGGCCAGGCAGGCGCCGACCCCAGGCCUCCUGCAGAGCCCCCGCUCCUGGUUCCUGCUCUGCGUGUUCCUGGCGUGUCAGCUGCUCCUUAACUACAUCCUCAAAUAAGAGCCCGUCGGGGGCAGCGUGGGCAUCACCUGCAGAACUCCGGCCAGCCCCGACCCGCCCUCCCACCCAGGCACCUAGCACUUUAAGCCAGCCCCAGGGAGGCAGAGAGAGCCAGCCAACAUGGACAGAGGGGCCCACGGCGACGGGAGGGACCCAGGGGGCCGCACAGGCUCCUCUUGGGGAGGCACUGGCCUCUCCCGCAGGGCCCUCCACCCAGCGCCGGCCUUGAUGCUAAAGCCAAAUGCCGCUUCACCGUGCACCACUCUCCCUGGUCAUCUCGCCUGGUCCUUCCCAGUGCAGCUUCCACUGGCCAAGUGGGACUGCCGGAGGGAGGGUAGGAGUGCCUG